UCAAAAAUCAAAAGCGUCUCUAAGGGGUCGAAACAUGUCUAAAAAAUCCAAGCACGCACGCGAGAGAGAACAUAGUUUUUGAAUGUUAUCUUCUUCUUCCUUUCCUUGCAAUAUAGCUGGUGUUUGGGCACUGUUGUUCUCAUGGAGAUCAAUAACCGGAAAAUCAGUCGGUUUGGAGUUCUAAUCUUGUUUUUGGUAUAUCAAAACUUGAUUCUCUGCUUUUCGCUUAAUGAUGAAGAUGAUGAUGAUGCAGGUAUGGCGUUGUUGAAAUUGAGAGAGGGAAUUGUGAGUGAUCCAUACGGUGCGUUGAAGAGCUGGAAAAUGGAUUUUGGAGUGAUUAAUCCCUGUUCCUGGUUCGGUGUUGAGUGCUCUUAUGAUGGCAAAGUUGUAGUUUUGAACUUGAAAGAUCUUUGUCUUGAAGGAACACUGGCACCUGAAAUCACAAACCUUGUCCACAUAAAGUCUAUUAUUUUACGCAACAACUCAUUUUCUGGGAUCAUCCCCGAAGGGGUUGGAGAGCUGAAGGCGUUGGAAGUGCUAGAUUUUGGGUACAAUAACUUCAGUGGGCCCCUUCCACCUGAUCUUGGCAGUAACCCCUCCCUGGCAAUCCUUCUACUGGACAACAAUGAGCAACUCAGAAGCUUAUCAUCUGAAAUUCAACAUCUGGAGAUGCUUUCUGAAUUUCAAGUAGACGAGAACGAGUUAUCUAAUGCAGCUAAAGGUUUAUCCCGCAGCAAAAGAUCCAUUACAUGGAAUCUUGUGCGUAUAGAAAAUGCAGUUCACAGACGACAGCUGCGAAAAAAUAAAAAUAACAAGAAGCGUGCGACUUCUCCUGGUCCUUCUCCUAGCCCCUCACCAUCUCCAAAAGAGUCAGCUCGAGCUCCUUCUGACUCAAGUGCUCCCACAAUAUUAUCUGAAUUUUUGCCGUCUAAAAAACAUCAUGUUGCAAUCAUAGCUGGAGCUAUAGGGGGCACCCUAGUUAUUCUCAUUUCAAUCCUCAGUAUAUAUAUCUGCGAAACCAACAAGGCUUCUGUCAAACCUUGGGCCACAGGAUUGAGUGGACAGCUUCAGAAAGCAUUUGUAACUGGUGUGCCAAAGCUUAAGAGAUCUGAGCUUGAAGCGGGCUGUGAAGAUUUUAGUAAUGUAAUCGGUUCUUCACCAAUUGGCACACUAUACAAAGGGACGUUAUCUAGUGGAGUUGAAAUAGCUGUGUUAGCUGUGGCAUCUGUUGCAAUAACAUCUGCCAAGGAUUGGUCAAAGAAUCUAGAAGUUCAGUUUAGACAGAAGAUCGAGACAUUAUCAAAAGUGAACCACAAGAAUUUUGUUAACCUUGUUGGGUACUGUGAGGAGGAGGAGCCUUUCACAAGAAUGAUGGUAUUUGAAUAUGCUCCGAAUGGGACACUCUUCGAGCAUUUACACAUUAAAGAAUCUGAACACUUGGACUGGGGGAUGCGGCUGAGAAUCGCAAUGGGCAUGGCGUACUGCCUUGAGCAUAUGCACCAGCUGAAUCCACCAAUAGCUCACAGCAACCUGACCUCUUCGGUGAUCUCUCUAACUGAGGACUAUGCAUCCAAAAUCUCAGACUUCACCUUCUCAAAUGACAUAAUUGCAAAUGAGAUGGAACUAUCUGGCAAGAAGCUCCCAGAUGUGCCUUUGGCACUCCCAGAAAGUAAUGUUUACAAUUUUGGUGUCUUGUUAUUUGAAAUGGUUACUGGUAGGCUACCAUACUCGUUGGACAUUGUCUCACUUGAAGACUGGGCAUCAGACUAUUUGAGAGGGUACCAACCCCUCAGGGAAAAGGUGGAUCCAACUCUGGACUCGUUCGAAGAGGAAAAGCUGGAGAGAAUUGGUGAAUUAAUAAAAUCUUGUGUGCACCCGGAUCCAAAACAAAGACCAACAAUGAGAGAAGUUACUGGAAGGUUAAGAGAGAUAACUACAUUAACACCAGAUGCAGCAAUCCCAAAACUUUCUCCUCUGUGGUGGGCAGAGCUUGAAAUUUUGUCCACAGAAGCCAGCUAAAAUAUGAUCGGACUGGAAGUAUGAGCUCAAUUUCUCAUUUUUUAUAGUUAUAGAGGCACAAAACCAGUUGCCUGUAGGUUUUUCCCCACUUUUACCUAUCAUAGGUAAGGGAGAUCAGCUACUUGUAUAUACCCGAGUUGGUGCGCCUCUCUCUCCCUGUUCUAUACAUAUAUAUGUAAUUUCUUUCCUUUUUAGGUUGGAAAUUGGCUGGGAAAUGAGCCAUAGAAGCACAACCACACGUAAAUUAGUUAAUAUUCCAUUUGUUCUUUA